AUGUUGAACGCCGUGAGCUUUGGGGCUCUGUGGUGGGCUGUGCAGGUCCAGUGUGAUGACAUAGCCACACCAGGGACCGAGAGGAGCGUAGCUAGAGUGUAUAAUGUGCUGUGUUUGGAUGUGGGCAGAGCUUUGGGCAGUGUGAUUGCAGGACUCGCAGCGCAAAGGUUUGGUAUUGCAUGGAUGUUCAGAGGAGCGGCACUCGGGCUGAUUGUGUGGUGUUGUGUCCUGGCUCUGCUGCAGGUCAAAGCUCCCCGACAGAGAAGGAUUAACUAUUCGAGGCUGUUGGCGGCUGAUGCAAGUGAGAAUAGUGAGUCCGAUUCAGAACCGGAGAAAGAUUGGUUGGAUAAAGCCAUGGUUGAUGAUUGGAGCAAUAACAACAGUGGAAGACGGAUGCAUCACUAA